AUGGUUCUUCCCACUCCACCGGAUCCACUUGGGAACCCCCCCUCAACCCUCGGCUCACCCUCACCUCACUCUACCACCACAUCCAGGCCCACCACCUCACAACGCACAUACUUGGGCGCCGCUACGUUCGCACACACUGCUCUUCUUCUUCACCAGCCUCCUCUGCUUUUGCAGACUAUCGUAAAAGUUACUCUUCUUAGUCGUUCUGCUCCUACUUCUCUCAAGGUCCAAUUCCACGACGCUGCUUCCUGUGCCAUUGCUCGCAAUGUAUAUCGGGUAACAUUGUCUCGAGACCUUGGUGUUUGUUAUCCUGAUUUAGUAGCUGGACUCCAACGGUGCCUUGCCCCUUUCGGAACUGUGCGCAAAAUUGUGGUCCGUGAGAGUUAUACCUUUUUCGAUGGCACUGGCAGUGUCCUCCUUGAACGACCCGAAACACGCUCAUUAUUCAUACGCCACUUACGUUCAAAGGGAAUUGACGUUCUCGUUCUUCAAGAAACUUAUAUUCACUCUAUUUCUCUUCAAGACACAUUUACCAUUUUAUGCGGCCGCUGCAUCACUGCUACUGUGUCUUACUCACAGUCUAUGUUCACCUCUUUCCGUGCUUGUGUUAUUUAUGCUCCCGCUACUCAUCGCGAACGACAUUCGUCCCUUACCUCUCUUCGUAAUCAUCUUUUGCUACCCGUGUCACCCACCAAUAUGGUUUUAUUGAGCGAUCUCAAUCACUCACUCACUACUUCAACACCCCAUACCACUCCACCUCGUCCAUGA